UUCACUGAAUAACCUUCUGUCAGUAUCAGAGCUCCCCAGGCAGCAGGGAUCAGCCUAUCUCCAGCCCAGAAAUUAAGAACACUUGAGACCACAGGUCUGUCUGGAGGGUUUAUGAAGAAGAGCCUCGCUGAGAUCCUGCAUCAACUCCAGCCAUGAAGUUCCUCUGCCUUGUCUUCGCUGUCUUCCUGCUGGUCUCCCUGGCUGUCCCAGGCUAUGGGCAGAUCAGGAAGUACUGCCCCAAGGUGGGCUACUGCUCCAGCAAGUGCUCCAAGGUGGAUGUGUGGUCCUUCUCCUCUGACUGCAAGUACUACUGCUGCCUCCCACCCGGCUGGAAGGCAAAAUAGGAGCUGCAAAGGAAGCCCGUGGGGAAGAGGAGGCACCGUGGUGGCUUUGGGAGCAGCUCUUCACCUGUCCAACCCAAUUGU